AUGCUCGUCAAGAACCUCGCCAUCCUCGCGCUCGCCGCUGUCGCCGUUGACGCGCGCAAGGCCAACCUCCGCCGCGGCAAGGACGGGCGCGUGUGCAAGGUGCGCCCGACGCCCGACGCGCAGCCCGCGCCAGAGCCCGCCCCGACGCCAGUGGACGAGCAGAAGGACGCCGACCACUACGGCCACGGCCACCACGACGACGCCAAGCCGUCGCAGGUCGAGACCUCGAGCGCUGUCGCCGCGCCGUCGUCCGCCCCCGAGCCCGAGCACCACGACGACCAGCAGCAGCAGGAGCAGUCGCCGCCGCCGUCCGAGGCGUACGUCGCGCCUCCGGAGGAGUCGCACAAGCCCGCGCCAGAGGAGGAGAAGCCUGCGCCCGAGGAGAAGCCCGCACCCGAGGACAACGGCAACAACAACGGCGGCUCGGGUGGCGAGGAGUUCCACGGCCGCGCGACAUACUACGACGUGUUCGUCGCGAAGCAGAACCACGGCUCGACGAGCGGCAUCGGCGCGUGCCAGACCCAGCUGAGCGAGGACGGGCCGUUUGUGGCGCUCAACGACGGGCAGUUUGACGCCGACAAGCCGUGCGGCCGCUCGGUGGUGAUUACCGACAAGAGCAACGGCAAGACGGUCACCGCUACCGUGCAGGACCGCUGUGCCGGCUGCGGGUGGGGAAACCUCGACCUCACAAAGGGCCUGUUCGAGCAGCUGCACGGCGGGCUCGGCGUGACCGACAUUACGUGGCACUGGGCGUAG